AUGACUAGCCCAGUCUCGUCUAGCUCCUAUAAUAUCGUCGAUGACGAUGAAGACGAGGCUUGGGAGGAUAUCCCUUUGAAUGAGAUUGAUGAGGCUACCCAGGAAAACCUGGAUGGAGUUGAGGGCAUGCUCAACUUUGACGUUGACCUUGAUAACCAGUUGCCGACCAUUAAUGUUGCUGAGCAGUCGAAUGCGAUUAUCGACAAGAUGAUCCAGGAAAACCAGAUCCGAGAAUACCAGUUCUUCCGUGAUACCUGGGAGAUGACUCUUGAGAUACUUUACAUCAAGGUCAAGCGGCUGAACAGCAAUCCUGCCUUUACCCUAGCUGCGAUGGAGGAUUAUGGCUUCAUUCGACCUGGCUUUAAAUUUCCAGUAGCUGGCGACAUCUUCACCAAAGAGGAAGUGCUUCUUUGGUUUGCACUCGCCAAGUACUGGCACCUGAACCGCUUGUCUAAGAAGAAGAAGAUACGCCUGGUUCUUAAUUCUUCUGUCAAGAAGAAGAAGACCCAAUUCGCACUCGCGCACCGCCCAGCCAUCAAGAUUCAAGGAUCUCUCUUCACUACAGCUCAGCGCCGAUAUGCCUCCACUCCAAAGCCUUCAGUGAAGGCUAUGUUCUCUGAGAUCAGUGACUCGAUGAUCAAGAAAGGUGUUUGGGAGCUUCUGGGCCCUGCUGAAGUUUGGGAAGAGUUUACUGCUCUCGAUAAAACAGCCAACAUCUUAUCUGCGAUGGAUAAGAAGUUCUCAGCUAUACUAAAGCUGAUACCAUUCUUCCUGAAGCUUGACCUUGCUCGGGAUAAAGCGCCAUACAACUGGCGUCAGGUCCAUGAGUUGGCUCAGAAGCUAACUCGUUUGCUUGACUUUUCUCUAUAA